CAAGUGCUUGAACCUUCUAGCUCCUCCUUGAACCAUUUAGACAUUCAUCAUCUUUCUAGCUCCUUCUAGAUAUAAUCCCAAGAGGAAAACCCUUCUCUAUAUAAGAAGACCAAUCAACAUCAACCCUUCAUCGAGAACCAAGAAACACCAUGCACACAGCAAGCAAGAUGAAGGCCAUUGACGACAAGAAGGACACAGUGGUGAUAAAGACAGUGAGCCGAGAUGAAGAAGGAAAGAAAAAGGUGGAGAAAGCCGAGCUGAAGACACACAACAUAGACACCAUUAAGUACGUGGAGAAGAAACUGAUGGACAAAGGGGUGAUGCGCAUGGAAAGGCACCCUGUAGAUGGGAAAGGUGGGAUAGGCAGGCCACCACCCAAGUCAGGCCACGGAGGAAAAUUCACAUGGGAAGGACCGUAUGAUGAGGCGGAGAUCGAGCUGGAAGCUGCAGCACCGCCUGCUAUCGAUGAGAAGGAUCCCAACUAUGUAGAUGAGGUGGUGGAAGAGAAGAUUGUGAAGGGUGAAGAGAAGGAUGUGGCUGGUGUGGUUGUUGGAGAAAUUGAGGUGGCUAAGGCUGUUGAAGGAAGGCAUGGUGUCGCUAGGGUUGAGGUUGACCCUCGUCUGGUAAUUGAUAAUUAAGGAUGUACUGUUUUGUUAAUUUUGAGAAAUGUAUGGAUGUUGUUAUAAGAUAAAUAACUAAUUAUGUGAACUAUUAAUUAA